AUGGCAAGAUCAGGUCAUAUCACUAGCUUGUCUCCUGGAAGACAUAGGGCACGUCAACCCCAGACACAGAAGCUCACCGAAACUGAAAUUUCCAAGCUGAAGAACUACCUUCCUGAGUGGACUUCUGCGAAAAGGAGUGAGAAGCUGGCAGUUUUCACUGCAAUUUCCAGGGCUGCCAGGUUGUUUGCGCCAAAGGUGGACCAAGGACAAUGGAAAGAGAGGAAGCAGAUGUACAAGACUUGGUUGUUCAACAACAAGAAAAAGAAGGAAAGGAAGGACAUGAUGAAGUAUGGGAGGAAAUGGACACCUAGAAUGGUGAUCUACCAGGAGAAUCGGGAAGAGGUGCUGAAGAGGAUCGAGGAUGCGUCUGGGGCAAAUUAA